AUGAGGUCAGUGUGGGCCUCCCUCCCCCAACACCGCUGGCUGCUUCUGGCGAUGCUCUUUCUUGAGGCUAUGGCCGAAGACCUACUAUUUGACCCUGACUGGGGCUUCGACUCGUAUGAAAUCACCAUUCCCAAAGUACUAAGCUUGAGGAAAGAGGCGCAGGGUGUCGACAGUUCUUUGUCAUACCUCUUACAUAUAGAAGGCAAGGAGCGCGUGGUGCACUUGCGGCCCAAGAAGUUACUGCUGCCCAGACACCUGCCAGUUUUCUCCUUCACCAAAGAGGACAGUCUGAUAGAGGACUACCCACAUAUUCCAGACCAGUGUAAUUACGUGGGCUUCGUGGAGGGCUCUCAAGAAGCCGAAUCUACUCUGAGUACAUGCAUGGGGGGUCUGCGAGGCGUCUUGAACAUUGACUCCAGAUACUACCAAAUCGAACCCCUCAGGGCCUCUCCCCGUUUUGAACAUGUAGUGUAUCUCCUAACUGAGGACAACUCCGGCAAUGAGACCUGUGGUGUGGUUGAUGAAGAAACAGAUGGGCCAACAGCCGAGGAAGAGGAAGUGGCUAGGAUAAAAAACUUUCAUCAGUCCUACAAGCACCAAAGGUACUUGGAAUUGGUCAUGGUCUUUGACCUGAGUAGAUAUGUGUUUACCCGAGGCAAUAUGACUAGAAUGGUAGAGGACGCCAUUCUCUUGGCUUCAAUUGCAGACACCUACUUUCAGGAUGUCAGCUUGAAGAUUCAACUGAAGGCGCUUGAAGUCUGGACGCAGUUUGACAAAAUACAUCUUUAUUAUUCCAGUUUAUCCCAAGUGUUAGGCCAAUUCGUGCUUUACAAAAGAGCUUCGCUGCAACACCGGCUUCCUGCGGACUGGACACAUUUAUACAUUGCAAGGAGAUACAGUGAUGCUACUGCGUGGUCCUGGGGAAGGGCAUGUGAAGAAUUCCAUGCUGGAUCCGCAAGCAGCUUCCUCAACGUUAAUCUCCUGGGACCUGCCACUUGGACUGCUCACGAAAUGGGCCAUUGUGUGGGGAUGUAUCAUGAUGAGGAAUUCUGUCAGUGCAGAGGCAGGAAGAGCUGUGUCAUGGGUACAGGACGUACAGGGUUUAGUAACUGUAGUUACCAUCAGUAUUUUUUACACGCGUCUUACAAAAUGUCCUAUUGUCUAUCUGACUUCCCAAAGCUGCAUAUAGUAGAGAGGUGUGGAAAUAAAAUUGUGGAAAACAAGGAGGAGUGUGACUGCGGCUCCGAAGAAGAGUGCAAAAGCGACCUGUGCUGCGGGCCAGACUGUAAGUGGAAAGAGGGCGUCAACUGCUCCUCCGGGCUCUGUUGUCAUAAGUGCAACUUUCUUCCAUCGGGCUAUGUGUGCAGGGAGGAAAAAAAUGAAUGCGACCUCGCAGAGUACUGUGACGGGCUCUCAGGUUUCUGUCCGAAAGACUAUUACAAGCAGGAUGGGACUCCGUGCAGGUAUGGAGGCUUUUGCUUCAAUAAGGGGUGCAGAUCCAGGUCCUUGCAGUGCCAGGCCAUUUUUGGACGUAGAGCCAAGGAGGCCCCUCGCCAGUGUUACGAUGCAGUUAACAUGAUAGGUGACCAGUCUGGGAACUGUGGCAUUGUAAAUUUUACCCGAUACACCAAGUGUCAUAGAGACAACACGGUCUGUGGUCGGCUCCAGUGUGUAAACAUUAAAGCCGUCCCCAUAUUUCCCGAUCACACCCUUCUACUGAGCACCCACCUGAAGAGAGACAAUCUCAAGUGCUGGGGCACGAGCUACCAUGGGACCAUGAUACCGCACGGGGUACCCGACAUAGGUGAUGUCAACGACGGUACCUCCUGCGGUUCUAACCGGGUGUGCCUUAACAGGACUUGCGUUGACUACGCCACCCUGAAGUUCGACUGUUUGCCUAAAAAGUGCAAUAGCCGGGGUGUUUGCAACAACAAAAAGAACUGCCAUUGCACGUAUGGCUGGGAACCCCCAUUCUGUGUGGAGGUAGGGUACGGUGGGAGCAUUGACAGUGGGCCCCCUGGACCCAGGGCGAGACUCGAAAAGGUUCACUUGCUGUAUGUGCUGCGUACUAUUCUGUUCAUCUUUUCUGUAUUUGUUGUGUGUUUUACGCAGCGAAUGAAAAAUUUGUUUCGUAAUCGCCAGCAAAAAAAACUAGCUGAGACUCAGGGGAAGAAGAGGUGA